GUCCACCGUCUUUACACCCACACAUCAAGUGCAAUGGCGGACCGAGCGACGAGGCCAGACGCACCGCGCAAGCGUAGCUGGAUUGGCAAAUACAAGGAGAAGGACUCGUCCGGAAGCACAGCUCUUCCUACUCCGCAAGAGGGCCGUGAGCUAUCUUACGAUCACCCCCUGUCGAUCGCGGACUCGUCCACCCACACACCCUCCACCGGAGGCCUGCCUUUCAAGCGGUCCAACUCAGCCGUUUCGCUCGACUCCUCGUCCGCUUCAAGGCCGGUCACACCUACUAGCACUAGUUCCAGACGUUGGUCCAGUUCGACGUCCUUGCUAACCAAGGAGGAGCUUAACCAACAGGCAUCCCAAAUUGUCCUCAACUCCUUCGAGCGCACUGGCUCCCGCCCGCAGUCCAAGAACGGUGCCGACGGCGCUCGCAACACCAGCUCCUUUGGCAAGAUGUCUCUCGCCUCUAUGAUGGGUAGCUUUUCGCUCUCGCGCAACAGGGAGGAGAAGGAACGCGGUCGCACGACCAUGAAGGACAAAGGCAAGGAGAAUGCGCGCGCCCGCUCUUCCUCCUUCGCGGGCCGCAACGACGACGAGGUCGACUCCGCGAUGCAGCGUACACGCAGUCAGUCGCCGUUUCGGCUCCGGCGCACCCGCACGCGGGACUCCUCACCCACUGUCGAGGCCCUGACACAGUCCGACGUCGAGUCCGACGUGGAGGUAGACCGCAUCCGACCACGCAACAGUGCCUUCUCGGUUGGACAGCCGGACGACGACUCCCCACCUGAGAGCGACGAUGACGAUGAAUCGGACGAUGAGUCCUGGACUGACGGCGAUCAGUUCGACCCCGUCACCGAGAAGAACACCGAGCACAACGCCCUCGUGCCUGCCGACCGUGUCGAGAACGAUGCCGUCGAUAUUCCCGAUCCCCUUGGCGAAGGUGUCAACGUCAUUAUCCCACCUGAACCGUACUUCCCCUCUACGCUGAACACCGGCAGUCGCAAUCCGCGCCGUCGUAAGUCCACCCGACCUCAGGACGUGCUCCCACUUGUCACCUCUCGCCCACUGUUCCAGAGGGACCGAUGCACCAUCACGGUCACGCACGGCAACCCGGAGAAAGUCCUCGAGGAGUCUGGGAGACGCCCCAAGCGAUAUGUUCUCGCCAGCGAUCUGAGUGACGAGAGUAGAUAUGCACUGGAGUGGGGGAUUGGAACGGUUCUCAGGGAUGGCGAUGAGAUGCUCAUCGUCACCGUUAUAGAAAACGAAGACAAAGUCGAUCCCUUGAUCCCCAAUCCAAACGAUCGUAUGACCAAGCUACGUUCUCAGCAAGAGCGGCAGGGCAUGGCGUACAUUCUUGUACGUCAGGCGACUAGCUUGUUGCAACGAACACACUUGAACGUCAUGAUCUCGUGCCAAGCAUGGCAUGCAAAGAACGCUCGCCACAUGCUUCUCGACAUCGUCGAUUACGUCGAGCCCGUAAUGCUCAUAGUCGGUUCUCGCGGUCUUGGUAAUCUGAAGGGUAUUCUUCUCGGGUCCACAUCGCAUUAUCUUAUCCAGAAAUGUUCGGUGCCAGUGAUGGUCGCCCGUCGCAGGCUUAAGCGUCCACCACGUCGCUCUGCGCAUCUCGCUACCCACCGUGCGCGUGUCUCGCUCGUCGAAGCCGCUGGUGUCGACCGCGUUGCGACCAAGGUCGACCAGGAUGUCGCCACGAUGCGAGAGCAGGUUGAGCGUGACGAACGCGACCACCGUGAGCAUCACUCAGAGCCAGCCGAGAUGGACGACGAGGCGUAUACUGAGAUGGAGGCCGAGGGCAGCGGUACUGUUCCUCUCGGUCGCAAGGUGGCCGGCUAAACGACGUUGGUAGUGGGUGUAAGCAAAUGCUGGGCAGAUUGUGUAGAUAAUAUAUCAAGAAGCAGUAAUGUAAAGGCGAUGUUGUAUCUUAGUUUUGUGAUGUGCUAGAUGCAUCGGAAUCGGAGGCCGUCUGUGAGCUUGAAGUGGGCGGUUCGGCAUCCUGACUGGGGCUUAUAUGAUCCACCGUCGGGUCAGGUGUUGAACUCCCUGUCACGAAGUCCGCGAAGGCUUUCCUCGGUGGCUCAUAGUGACUACCCUCGCGCCUCUUGUCUGUCCCUUCGAUAGCGACCCUGAGCGUUGCAAGGACGUCCGCCACGGGAACGGGCUUCUUCUGGGUAGAGGCAAUGACAUGUGCCUUCUUUGUAUCAUCAGCAGGAGGGUCACUCGUACGAGGGACGUCCGCGUAGAAUGUCUCCGUAGACGGCUCCCAUAUGACCAUGGGCUCGUUCGCGUAGCGCUUCUUUUCACUAUCGGUCUGCUCCUUUCCUCUCUGCGCAAGCUUCCGGAGAGCAAGAAUCGACGGCCUCGGUUUGCGGAAACGCUCCGGGGUGAAGGCGCUCCGCGCCGCCUGCGAGACGCCACCAAAAUCCGUUGCCUCCCAGACUUCCGCCAUCUGUUCGAUGGAGACACCAUUCGGGAGAUCGAAGACCGCACGCUGCUUCUCGAGAGCGGCCUGCUGACGGGUGCGGAUGGCCUGGAUGCUAUCGCCCGACUGCAUGAUCUGGUAGUGUACGAACCAAGGCUUUUGAUGGACACGGCCUACCACCCUGUCGCCAGAAACACACUUGUCGUCGAGGAAGUGUCUUAAUUUUACCGUUAGCUGGACGAUAGGCUUUUGCUCAGGGUCGCCUUCCCAAUCCAGGGGCUCAGCCCAUACAUAGAGGCCGCCUGCGUCCGGGUCCGCCUCCCAUAUACACGCGAUGUGCUGUUCAGGGAAAUGAUGCGUAAUUUCCUCUGUAAUGACCUCGAGGAGCUUGACACAUUUCUCGAAGACGUAAGGACCGGCCAGCUUAUUCCCGAAGAGCCGCUCGUCCAUCUCCUCUAACGGUACGUACUGGAACCCGAAGAUGCGCGCAGUAUUGUGAUAGGCAACGAGGACACCAUCCAUGUUUCCAAUACGCGCUUGGAAGCUAUACUUGAGAAAGGCGGAGCGUAUGAGAUCGUAGUAUUCCCGCUCGAAGCUCUCGAGUGUGCCGUGCGUCUGGCGGAUUAGAUAGCCAGAGUUCUCCUCGUAGUUGAGUAGGUCCAGACGAAUUGGCAAGCUCGCCCGGGUCUUGAUGUCGAAGAUACCGGUACCAGGUAGUCGAGGAUCCUGACAGUCUAGCUGAGACCGCAUGACAUAACUGCCAACCUUCGCAUACCGGCAGGUCUCUCUUCUUUGAUCAACAGGCUGUGUAAGUGGAGGAGAUGAACGCAACAAUCUUUUAAAGGCAGGUUCAGGUAGUGUCAGGAAUUUUUCCAGCAUCGUUCCCAUCCAUGUCAAAACGUUCUUGUCGGAUGUGGGGUCGUAGGAGUAUGAGUCCGUGGAAUAAAUGCCGUUGCGAUACCACAACACAAUCGAAGUAGGGAAUCUCUGCGCAGGAGUAAAUGUCCUCGGCUCGUGGAAGAACGGUCGACUCAGCACUGAAGUGUCGACUUCCUUCGCGUUCGAGAGAGCAAAAUAGAUUUGGCUCAGCAUGCCCGUUAAUGAAGACGUUGAGCCAGCGAAUUUGGCUCCAUUGGCCUUAGCGAGUUUGAAGAGAUCCUCAUCCUUCGAGCUCUUGAUAAAACCUGAAACUCGGCUGAAAUCGAAAUCUUGCACCCUAGGAAUGUUCUCCAGCCAUGGUGUGUAAUUGAAGACCCUUGACCGAGGGUCUUGCAACCAGUUGACACCGGGAUUGAAGAGUGCGCGAUCAAGGUUGUGAGCCAAGCGAGGUAUUGGACGUUGCUCUGUUGGAGGAUCCAGAUCAUAAAGAUGGAACGUGCCUUCCGUAGGGUCUAUGAUGCCAUCCACGGAUCGAAUUACGUUUAAUACUCCAAACGAGGGUGUCAAGUCAUCGGUUUCCGACGCAGAAUAGCGCGGUGAGAGCUUGUCUUCGCCCCAGCCCUCUGUCCAAAAUUUCCCGCCCCGCAUUUUCUGCGUAACUGGUGAUCCCACGACCGCUUGGACAUUCACUUUCUCUUUGGUCUUCCCCGUCUCUCUGACAGCCUUCUUGGCACUCGUCCGAGCUGUUCUCCUCGCCUUCUUCAGCCCCUCCUUUCUUUCUCUCCUUCUAUCAAGCAUCGUUGCCUUGCUCCCUUCAAUCCCUGGCAUCGCUAUGCUGCCGUGUCGUUUCUUCAGCUUCACUAUCUGUUUGUGUACGUUGACACGAAGCUGAUCGAGUAGCCGAUCUGUCAAGGGUUUCUCCUUUCUCAAGAUAUGGAGUGCAGUCUCUUCCACUCGGCCCGCAAAAUUUUUGUCAUAUGGUGAAACAGUGAGAGUUGGCGGCGGAGAGGAUGUCGAUACCUGAUGAACGUCGGUGC